AGGAAGGCGCUCCUACCUCGACAAACCAUAAUUGAAGACGACUGAUUAUACCGUUCACCGAAAACUCUACCUUGUUUAUCAUUUUUCCCCUCCCCUUUAAUUUCCUUCCAACAUCGAUUUCUGAUUUUCCCAGCUCGGCGGAGCAAAAAUCCGGAAUUUCAAUCUUUCACGGUGACACUCUGUCCGCGGAAGAACGUUAUUGUACUAUACGGUCGUGUAGCAAUUUGAAAAUAACACUGCGGGCGGCAGUGGAUCACUUUUGUACUUGAUUUAUCUUCCGCGUGACUAAGGCUACGGCGUGUUUCUAUUUAAGCAUUUUCCUUUUCUUCGACGGCUUGAUUGAUUUAAUUGUUUGAACAGCUAAAGAGUUUUUUCUAUUUCCGAGACCCGUACUGUAACGUCUCCAAGCGGUGGUCUAUCCGUGCGGAGCAGAAGGCCAACAACUGUCUCGAGCAUUUCCAGACAAGCGAAUUUUUAACUACAACCGGAGCCAAAUUCAUUUCUCUUCGUUUCUCCUCCCCGGAGCGGCCGUUGAGAAUUGGUGAAAUCGCUUUCAGAAUUAACGAAAAGAACAUCACGACAUCUAACGAACACGAAACUAAACGAACACCUAACGACAGAAUUCUUUUUUACCCCCGUGUGCUGGUCCUAUUUGUGUAAAAUAAAACCAAGAAGUGCUGUUGUAUUGUAACCCGCGGUGGUUGUACUAGUUGGAGAAAAACUAAGACAAGAAGACAAGCAGGUCGCGACGCUGGGAACAACAACACGGAGAAGUGGAUCAUGUCGCAGUACGGAGCUGCGACCGCGAGCGGGAACAAUCCCGCGACAGGCGCGCCAGGAAAUGCCGCAAACUGGGACUGGGAAGACUUCUACAAGAAUUACGAAUUUUAUCUCCAGUAUGCAAACACGAGCGGGGGCCAACACGACGGUGCUCAACAAAAUGCGGCGAAUAAACCUAGUACCCCGGCGAAUCACCAGCCGCUGGUGAAGGACCACAUCCCCCUGCAAUUCAAGCCUUUUGAAGCGGACUUGAAAAAGUUCCCGAACUUUUACGACAAGGCGAAUUGGUGGAACAAAAACGGCGGGUCGAAUAACGCAGCGCAGAAGGGAGGCAAAAACAAUAAUUCGGACUGGGAUCUGAACCGCUACGACACUCCGGGCGCGAUGACCAAGGGAAAUAAAAACACCGGGGACAAAAACAACUACAACGACCACUACAAUUCCAACCACAACAAUACUAGUUCCUAUGGAAACAGCGCGUACAACUACGGGAGCAGUAAUUCAAAUUCUUCAUCCGAUCCUUACCAGCACAAGGGUGUGAACAAUUCUGCUUUUGGCGGCCAGGGGUACGGAAAAGGAUCAUCGUCUAAUGGCGGCUCCUCGGGCAAGGAUUGGGCCAGCGGUAUGGAUCAUUACAAGAGCAGUACUAACUCCUAUCACAAAGGCGGUGGCGGUGGGCCGUACGACAAGGGUUAUUACGACAAAAACAACUAUACGGGAACCACCUACGGCGGUAAUGCGCCAGCCGGCUAUAAUUCAUCCAAGGGCAAUGUUGACUAUGGGAAGGGAGACUACGGCAAGGGUGACUACUACGCCAAGGGAAGCAAGGCCGGUCUUGGCGGUGGUGGUACUGCUGGUGCUGCUUCUGUGGACCAACAGUAUUCGUCACACCAACCAGGAGCGAGUGCAGCCACCAGCACUGUUCAGCAGCAGCAGCAGAACCACUACGCUUCCGGGUUCGAGGCGGGCCUAGCAGCGGCGAAGGAGUUGCUGGAGAAGCAGAAACAUUUGGAGGAAAGCGUGCUAGCCUUGAAGGCGACGCUUGGACAACAGCAGCAGCAGCAAAACGGGGCGACGACGACUGCAGUGGGAGCUGCAAACACCGCGGGAACUGCUGCGAACGUCCUCGCUUCGGCGGUCUCCGCGUCCUCCUCGGCCACGUCCAGCGCCAGCAGUUCCCCUUUCAUCGCUGCGCAGUCCGUCGCGCGGCCCGCGGAACUCGCACCACCCUCUGCGGUGAACGCGAUCGCGGCCAAUGGGCAGGCGAACAAGAUGAACAAAACUCCGGAAAAUUAUAACUCCGGUCGCCCAGCGGUCGGUGAUCAUGCCAUCAAAGGUGGGUACAUGAACAACGACGGCAAUCUCGAGAAGGAGCUGCAGCAGAAAUUAAACACCCCCUCGCACAUCCCCGCGACGCUUUUGCAGUUUUGCCAACCCGUGGAUAGCACUAGCAGUGGCCAAAAUGCGAAUAACGGUGAGGAGGAUCAAGUGACAGCUUCCAGUUCCAACAAAACUGCAGCGAACAACACCAAGGCAUCUACUUCUGGUGAUUUGCUGUUCAACCUGUCCAACCUGGUCCAGCAACCGAAAAAAAAGCAGUGGCCGGAGAGUACUCGGACCAAGGAACAUGAGAAUUACCGGGGGUUCAAUGCUUUUGAAGAGCGGAUUAAGCACCAGGUCGAUCAAAGAAUCCACGCGUGGAACCGGACGAUGAUCGAAAAAACCGGCCAGGGAGUACCAACGGAAAUAACAAACGAGGUGGCGAAGCAGAUUGUGUGGAAACAGCAGCAGGCCGUAGCCGCGGCCCAACAGGUUUGGCAGGAGAAGAACAACGGGACUGCAAUGAAUUAUCAAAGGCAAAAAUGUCUGGGUCUGGAACAAAGCAGCUUGUCAUGCUAAAUCUGAAUCGUGUAAAAAUCUGUGUUGCGUGAUUGCCAAAAGCUGUCCACUUCUGACCUAAUCGCGAGGCAGUUUCUCAUGCAGGAUAGACAUGGUAGAACUCUCACAGAAUCUGUAAUGCUAUGUCCUACAUGCCAGACCUCAUGGGUCAUGGAAAACCUGCAUGACAAGUCUGGCAUUCAUCCAGACCCAGACAUUUUUGCAUUUGAUAUGAAUCACCAUGGUACUACAACUACAUCAAACAAUCCGGUAGCAAACACGUUCAACACCAGUUUUAACUUUUUCGGCAACAAAAAUACCGACAACCGCUAUGUCCCGGGUCAGCUGGUCACGAUGAAAAGCGGGGUGGCUGGGGGUCAACAUCAUCUCCCCGGGACAGCGAAGACGGAUACGGAACCGAAGAAAGACUCGACCUUGCCGAUUGUAAAAGAUCCGUCGACCUUAACUCGGGACUCCGAGUCGAAUACUUCCAAGGAUGGCAUGAUGAACAACGUUAAAUCUGCGGCGUCGAGCUCGUCCGGGAAACUGUCCGUGUCUGGCAAAAAUGCCGCGGUCCCAACCGUCGCACCACCGCCACCGCCUCCGCCACCAAGCGCGCCGCUGCAAUUAUCUUCGCCCCAGACCCAGCAAGCCGCUCGGCGGCUCGCUGAACAAGCGCAGAAGUCUACGCAGUCGCAGGCGAUCGCGGUGCAGCAGGCGGCGGCGCAGAGGGAACUGAUGAAAGCGAUGGUGGCAAAAGACACUACCGAAGAAGUUCCGCCGCCCCCUCCACCUUUGUCCUCCGAUGCGUUCAACAAGAUUUACGACAACCACCAGCGCUUCCAACAGGCUGCCGCGGGCGUGGACGCGGCGAAACAGUACGUUGGCGAGCAGGUAGGUGGUGCAUCCACCACAAACCACGUCUCUUUGAUGCAGCAGCAAAAGGACCAGAAUGCUGCGCAGAAGCAGUUCGCUGCGGCUUACGGGGCUUUGGCGUCGUAUUACCGUGGGAAUACGUACGUCGAGCCGGGCUUGUAUAAGCAGUUCUUGCAAAAUAAGAUGCUGCUGGAAAAAAGGCUGAAGGAGGAAAUGCUGCUGCAGGGACACGGAGCUGCGGCAGAAGGUGGAGUUGCUGGCAACGGCACAACAAGCUCUUGUUGCGCGAAAAGCAGUUGCUGCGCUCCCUCCACUUCUACUGCGCCGACGAUCCCGCCGCCGGUGCUACCCGGAAGCUGCACUACGUCUACUUCCGCUACCGCGACCACUUCUGCCACCUCCAGCGCCGCAACAGUCUCCGACAUGUGGGAGCAGCGGAGCAGCGCGGCCUCUCUCUGGGAGAAUCAAAAUAAUGCGCAGCAGAAGAGCAAUGGCGAACCGUCUACCGUGAAAAACCCCUUCGCAGGUUACUGGGACCAACGCGCGGUGAGUCCUGUGAGAGCACCAGCAGCAGCAGCUUCUACUGGUACUGCUGCUGCUUCCCCGCCAACCGUUCCGCCGCCGAGCAUGAAAGUUCCAGAAAACAACAGCAACAAUAAUACCAAGAGCAACAAUUUCUUCUCCGCGUUCUCCUCUGUUACCAAUUCUCCAUCCUCGCAGCAACUAACUCUCUCCCCGAGCCAGUCGCAGCUCUUGAAUCUUCCGAAAUCGAUCAAUGGGGAGGAGCAGAUCGUGUUGAAGGGGUUUUUGAAACCGGUUUUGUUAGAAGAGAUGCGCCACGUGAUCCGGAUUGUGGAGCAAACCGUCAUGAAUUUCUGCAAUGUGCAGUUCUGCCCCGAAAAGCGACUCCCGCCCGGGUUUGAGCCCACAACUUCGGAGGACGACGGAAAUAAUUCCGCAAGCAGUAAAUUGUCGAGCAAGAAACCCUCUGGUGUUGCAAGCAGCGGGGAUAAUAGCAGCAAGAGCAACGCAAGAAAUAAGCCUAUUUACAACGCGUUUAACCCGGUCGUGGUAAGCGACGCCGAUUUCGGAAAAGACUUGGAGGAACAACUGACCCAAAAAUUGCAAUCCUCCACGUCCGACGAAACGGUUGCUGUAUCUACUUCCAGCGCGACGAAAAACAACAACGACGAGGAGCAAGGAAACUCCAAUACCGGAUCCAAAAAGCAUGCUUGUGCCGUGUCGGAGACCGGAAACAUCGAGCAGCCCGUCGUGGAAGAAGAAAUCGAGCCGCAAACCGACCGCGCGGAGCCCAUUCCUUCCGUGAUUGCCAAAACUACGCCGGGGAAAUUGAAAUGGACAGUCGAGGCGGAGUUUGACUCUGAGGCGAAAACGGUUUCCUGGAAGGAUUUACACUUGGUGGAUCAUACCAGUAAUUCUUCUAUCGCGACGACGAAGCAUGUUUACGUUUCCUCGAUCAAAUUUGAUUUCAACCCGCAGUUCACCUGCGGCAUUUCCGUGCCGCAGCCGCCAAAUAGUGGGAAUAAUUCCCCGUCGAACUUGCCGGGAAACAACAAGUCUCCUACUUCGAGCACUAACGGCAACACUUCCAAUCUCCUCGCCGAUUGCAUUCGGAACCGGCUCCGGUCCAACCGGCAGAUUGUGGUGAAUAUCACGGAGAUUCUGCUCAAACAGGACCGCACCGGGGUCGACUGGGAUUCGAAGCAGAUGGGCUGGAUGAAUUAUUCGAAAAUGGACGCGAAGGACCAAUUGCACUACUAUCUGAAGUAUCAAAUGCAAAUAUGUCUGGGUCUGGAAGAGUGCGCGAUUUGUCAUGCCGCUUUUCCAUGACCCCUGAGGUUUGGAAUGCAGGACCUAGCAUGACAGAUUCUGCGCCAUCUCUCUCAUGCCUAUCCUGCACGAGAAACUCCCUCCCGACUUGGUCAAAGCUGGACGACUUUUGGUAAUCACGCAACACAGAUUUUUGCAUGCUUCAGAUUUAGCAUAACAAGUUGCAUUCUUCCCGACCCAGACAUUUUUGCAUUUGAUAUCAAGUCGAAUUUCUUCACGAAACGGAACAUGAAGGACAAUUCGGUCUUUUUGAAGUUGAGAAACAACGAAUCUGCGGUGCUGCACGUGUUCCAGAUGCUGGAAUCUACUUUGUUUGAAUCGAACUCCAGCAACUCGACCGGCGUAGGGCAAAAUUCCGCCAACGCUUCGUCUGCCAGCUCGAAUUCCGGUGAUGUGAAUGUUGCACCUGUUGCUCCGGCGACGAGUGCGCUGACAGCUGCUGCGAACACCGCUUCCACCGCUUAUUUCGAUCCAAAUACUGGCUUCGUUCCCCGGAUCGAGCCAGUUGCUAGCGCAAACACGCCUCGGAGUGGGCGGGACAACGGCCAACAGCAGCAGUCCUCUACGUUAGACGACUACGAGUCGGUCAUGGCCGCUUUUCUGUCCACUGCGGGCGCGGAUGGGAGUGGGAUUGUGCCGAGAGUGGCCGCAACUGGCGCAGUGGCCGCUGCUCCGACGAUUGCGGAGUCGAGACAUUCUGGUGACCACCCAGCGGAUAUGACCAACUUGAACCCAAGGGAGUUGUUGGUUUCUGCAUUAUCAAACUACCAAACGCAGUUGUCCAUCCGAAACGAUUUUCUCGGCGAAUUCUACGAGGAUUUGUGGGAGCGGAAGGACAUUUCCCGGAAGCGGAACCAAGCAGUUUCGAUCUCGUUCGAGCAAACCGGCGUGGUGAAAAGUUUGCACUACCACACCCGGAGCUUUCAAGUCGUGGGGAGCCCAUAA